AUGGAUAUGCCAUAUUUAAAGAAAGAGUCCGCGAUAGAGUUACGUUCGUUUGCUGACGAAGCUCAGCGCAUAGUUCGGGCGUUAACGAAUUUACAAAUGCCAGUGAGUCAUUGGGAUGUAUGGUUCGUUUAUUUAUUGGCGGCUCGUUUGGACCCCGAAUCCCAAAAGGCGUGGGAGACGGAAUUGAGUGAGAGGGAUCGUCGCGUCGUAUUAGACAAUGUUGCGGAGUUAGACAAUUUAAAUCCACUUGAAAGAUUUCCGAAAUUCGUGGACUUAUCCGAAUUUUUGGAAAAGCGCGUUCAAGCGCUCAGCAUGAUUGCCUCAAAUGCUCCCAAAGCAGAGAAGAAGCCUUCUGCUUUACCUAGAUCGGUACCGGGUUCGCGAAAGGUAUUUCACGCUGGUUUUUCCCAACAUUCUGGUGAUGGGAGACCGAAGUGUCCCAUUUGCUCCGGUGCGCAUUUAUUGCCUAAGUGCUAUAAAUUUCAGGCCAAGAACCCCUUUGACCGCCGAAGAGAGGUACGUCGGUUACAUCUUUGCUUUAACUGUUUCGGUCGGCAUAGGGUAUCUGAUUGCGCUUCCCCGUUUCGUUGCGCGCAGUGCAAGGAAAAACACCACUCCCUGAUUCAUUUCGAUCAGGCCAGUGGUUUGCAUUCAAAGGAGAAAGGUUCGGUUGAGCCACAUAGUGCACGCGAAGGUAAGCCCUCAACGUCUUCGGGGGUUAAUGUGCACACUGCUCGCACUCUUUCGCGUAAAUGCACAGUCUUGCUUGCAACGGCUCAAUUGACGUUGGUGGGACCGCACGGGGCGCGGACUCGUGUGCGGGCCUUGUUAGAUCAAGGAUCCCAGAGCUCUUUUGUGUCUGAGGCGGUCGCUAACUUGCUAGGUUUAGAGAAGCGCCGUAUUGACGUUCCUUUGUUGGGUCUCGGUGCGAGGUCUGCAGGCACUGCUCGUAUGACUACGAGUUUCGAAGUGCAUUCCUUGGUUGACCCGUCGUUUCAAAUUGAGGUGGAAGCUCUGAUUCUUCCGAAGCUCACGUCGCAGCUUCCCGCUAGAUGUGCUAUGGCUUUGGAUAUCGAAAUGUUCGCGGGAUUAUCAUUGGCUGACCCGCAAUUUUAUGUGCCGGGAUCAGUUGAUAUUAUUUUUGGCGCGGAUAUCUACGGGCAACUAUUGCAAUCGGGGUUGCGAAGUUUUCCUUCUUCGUCUCUGGUUGCACAAAAGACAGUCCUCGGCUGGAUUGUCUCCGGCCCUGUGCAUUCGGACGGUUCACGGCGAGCGGUCGAUCAUAAAUCAAUGCCGCUUCGAAUGCUACACAGUGCUGCAGAGCAGGACUUAGACCAGUCGUUACAACGGUUUUGGGCCUUGGAGGAGUUACCCACGGUCACUUCAACGUUAAAGCCAUUAGAUGAAGCAUGUGAAAAGCUAUUUAGGGAAUCGCAUGUUCGCAAUUCUGACGGUCGAUUCGUUGUGCAUCUCCCUUUAAAGUCUGAACCUCCUGCUGCCGGUCCGGAAACAAAACGUAUGGCCAUGGGCUCACUUGCUCAUAUGUAUCGUCGGUUUGCUCGCGAUCCGAAAUUAGCUUUGGCAUAUCGCGAAUUUAUGACGGUCUACGAAAAUUUGGGACAUAUGGAGCGAAUUCCCGCGUCGGAACUUGAUAAUUCGCGUGCAUGGUAUUUACCUCAUCACGCGGUUGUACAAUCUACACCGUUGAAAUGGAAGAUUCGGGUGGUUUUUGAUGCGUCGCGAAAGACCCGCGAUGGGCACUGUUCUCUUGGCGGGACCUGCUCUUCAGCGCGAUCUUUCGUUGAUUUUACUAAAUUGGCGUCGGUACCGUUUCGUGUUUACCGCGGACGUGGUCAAGAUGUUUAG